AUGAAACAAGCAAUCAAAAUAACAACAAAAAAUAACAAUAAAAAAACUCCAAAAAUGCACAAACACUAUUUAAAAUCCAAUCAAGACAACUAUAAAAAGAUGAUUCAUAAAUUAAAAAUUAAAGAUUUCCCAAAACUCCCGGUUACAGUUCUUUCUGGUUUCUUAGGAUCUGGUAAAACUACUCUAUUAAAUUAUGUUUUAAACUCUAACCAUGGUUUAAAAAUUGCUGUAAUAGUCAAUGAUAUGAGCGAGGUUAACAUUGAUGCUAGAUUAAUUAAAGAUGGUUUUAAAAUCUCUAGAACUGUUCCUUCUGAAAAAACAGUUGAUGCCGUUGUAGAAAUGCAAAAUGGGUUUACAAAAUUAGCAAAAGAAAGAAAGUUUGAUUAUUUAAUUGUAGAAUCAUCUGGUAUUUCCGAACCACUACCUGUUGCUGAAACUUUUACCUUUGAAAUUGAUGGCUCUAUUGAAAACCUUAAGGAUUACACCAAAUUAGAUACAAUGGUAACCGUAGUUGAUUGUUCAACCUUCCUAGAAGAGUACUUAUCUGGUGAAAGCUUAAAAGAUAAAGAAAUGGGUGUUACAGAAGAAGAUGAAAGAUCCAUUGUUGAUUUAUUGGUAGACCAAAUCGAGUUUAGUAAUGUUAUUCUCUUAAACAAAUGUGAUCUUGUUGAUAAAGAAGAAAUAGAUCAAAUAGAAGGUUUGGUAAAACAUAUUAACCCAGAUGCUAAAAUAUUAAGAUCAACCAAAUCAGUAGUUCCUCUAGAUAAAAUUUUAAAUACCGGUUUAUUUGAUUUCAAAAAAGCAAGUGAACACCCAGGUUGGUUAGCAGAGUUAAGAGGUACUCAUGUUCCAGAAACAAUCGAGUAUGGUAUUAGAAACUUUAUUUACAGAGCUCGUCGUCCAUUUCAUUCUGAGCGUUUAAAUAAAGUAAUUGGUAAAGGUUCAAAAGUUUUUGGUGGUGUUCUUCGUUCUAAAGGUUUUACAUGGGUCGCCUCUACACCAGAGCUAAUUGGUAUGUGGAAUAUUGCUGGUAUAAGUAUGACUAUAUUAAAUUAUGGUUACUGGUUAGCUGAUUUAAAAAAAUCUGAAUAUCCAAGUUUAGAAAUUCAAAAAAUGAUCAGAGAAAAGUGGGAAGAACCUUUUGGUGAUAGAAGACAAGAAAUUGUAUUCAUUGGGAAUAAAAUGAACCAAGAGUUAAUAGAAAAAGAAUUAAACAAUUGUUUAUUAACCGAUAAAGAGUUAAAGCAAGGUCCAGAGGUUUGGAAAACAUGGGCUGAUCCAAUCGCAUUAAAUGAAGAAGAAGAAAUUGAAAUCGAUGACGAUGGUGAUAUGAAUGAGUCUUACUAA